AUGACAACCGCAAUCAUCUACAUAUUGGCAGCCAUAGGGGCUGGAGUCAUCCUCCUAGCCAUUAUUUCAGCCGUCAGAUUCGUCUCUCUCCAUUUUCUCCAUCCUAAGCAACCGCUCGAGCGAUACAAGCGGUCAAGCGCAGAGCCUGCGUAUGCGUUGAUUACGGGCGCAAGCGCAGGGAUUGGCUUUGGCAUUGCAAAAGAACUCGCGAAGCACGGAUUUGGAGUGGUCAUCUUAGGCCAUGUACAAGAUGAGCUACAAGCCGCUAAAAAAGCGCUCGAGGUUGCGACACCUGGCGCGCGCGUGCGCGUCAUUGUGAUGGACGCUAUCAAGGCAACUCCAGUUGAUAUGCAAGACAUGAUUGAAUCUCUCAAAGACAUCAACCUGACCAUAUUGGUGAACAAUGUUGGAGGCAGCGCCGUUGGACCGCCGCCCUUCCGAGAGCUCAUGACCUACUCAGCUGCUGACGUCGAUGUCGUCAUCAAUCAAAACUCGCGGUUCAUGGCAUUGCUCACAUCUCUAAUGAUACCUGUUCUGUCAAAUUCAUCCUCCAGCCCGGAGGAUCGGUCAUUGAUACUCAAUCUCUCAAGCCAGGGUAUGGCUGGUGUCCCGUUCAUCGUAAUGUACGGCGCCACAAAGGCCUUCAACCAUGGAUUCAGCGUUGGCCUCGCUCGAGAACUGGAAAACUCUCCAAAUACGAGGAACGUGGAUUGUUUGGCGAUUAUUCCCGGAGAUGUACUGUCCCAGGGCAAUUCGAAGGGAGUAGCUGAAGCCGCCCCAAAGGCCGAUUAUUUCGCGACGCAGGUUGUAUAUACGGUCGAUGCUGCCAUUAGGCAGAGAUUACGAGCAGUAUCUCCGUACUGGCGUCAUGAUGUUGAGUGGAGGCUGAUGGGGUGGCUAGGCGAAGAUAUUGUGAGCCAAGAAGUCGUAAAGGUUAUCGGCACGAAGCGGGACGCGUGGAAUGCCCACUGCACGAAAACAGAAUAG